UCGAGGAGAGCGGACGCGAAAAAAUGGUUCUGGUUUACUACUACCACGCCCAGCAACGGUGCCGUUCCGGCAAGUUGCCGCUGUCCGUCCGAUUGCGGAAGAAGCCGCUGUUUGCCACCAUCUUGUUGACGUUCGCUCUGUCGGCCGUUUUCCUGUUUAGCUCGUCCGACAUUCAGCCGCAAUCCAUCGAAGAUGUCGAAGAUGUCGUCGAAAUGGAUUUCGACGGUUUCAACAACGAGACGGGCGCUAGCAGUUACAUUGUGCCCAAUAUUAUUCAUUACGUCCGGUUUAAUAUGACCGAGUAUUCCUUCGUCGACUAUCUCUGCUUGCGGGCGGCUUUCCUUCGCCAACGACCCGAUUUCGUCUACAUCCACACCGACGUUCCUCAUCCGGGGAACGGAGGCUUCCGGGGGAAAUACUGGGACAUGAUCAAGUUGGACAAGAAACUCAUGUCGAGUAUCCGCUUCCUACGCAUUGAAUUGGUGUCAGAGAUCUUUGGCCAGACGCUGAGUCGAGAUUGGCGAGUCUAUCACGGGUCGGACAUCGCCCGCAUCCGCACCAUGAUGAAAUACGGCGGCAUCUACCUGGAUAAUGACGUCCUGAUUCUCCAAAAUCUCGACAAGUAUCGCCGGUUUGAGAUUUCCAUGAACUGGGACGAGGGUGACACUCUCGGUAGUCAGGUCAUUGUCGCCCAUAAGAACGCUCGUUUUCUGACCCGAUGGCUGGACUCUUAUCACGAUUAUCGGGCCGAUAUUUGGUAUUACAACGCGGGUGAUCUGCCGGUCAAGGCGAUUCUGAACGUCCAUCCGGAAAUUCUCCAUCGAGUCAAAGGUGAAUUCGGAGCCGAUUCCAAAAAGUCGUUGAAACAUUUCACCGAAGAAGGUUACGAGGGAUGGCGGAAGAAUGACGCCAUUCACUUGCUAGUGAACCAUCUUUAUUCCGUGAAACCACAAGAUUUUAAGCCGUUAGUUUUCGAUGAAGAAAUGAUUCAAACGUACAAAUUCCCGUUCGGACAAAUGGCCAGGGAGGUUUUGGCAGCUUUGAACGAAACGGAAUCAACUCUUUGAAAUUAUAUUUAAAUUAAAAAAAAUUCUGAUGCGUAUCCUAUGAUU